GUUUCAAGAGGUUUUCUCGUGUAUCCGCCAUCCUUGUAGCUCUUUGCAGAAGGGCACGAAGAGGCCGAAACAAGGGUGCCAGGUGUAGUAAGAACUUGGCACUUCAUCCUUUAAACAUGCUGUCCAGGCUCGUCAUUGUCUCAGCCAGCGCCCUGAAAGGCAGCGGCCCCCUUGGAGCUGGUCUGGUCCAGGCUUCUCGCUCCCUGCACACAACAUCCCAGAGUCUGGCCCCACUGCCACCUCUGCCAGAGAAGGGAGGCAAAGUCCGUCAUGGCAUUAUCCCAGAGGAGCUUUUCCAGCUCCUGUAUCCCAAAACUGGAGUCACAGGACCCUACAUGCUGGGCACUGGCCUCCUCCUCUACAUGCUUUCAAAGGAAAUUUAUGUCAUCAACCAUGAGACCUUUGCUGCCGCCUCCAUAGGCGCCGUCAUCAUCUAUGGCGUCAAGAAAUUUGGUCCAAGUGUUUCAGCUUUUGCUGACAAACUGAACGAGGAAAAAGUGGCCAAGGCUCAGGAGGUGAAGGACGUUGCGAUGGCCAGCCUGGCUCAGGCAAUUGAGGAUGAGAAGAAGGAACAGUGGAGAGCAGAGGGAAGAUCACUGCUCUUUGACGCAAAGAGGAACAAUGUGGCCAUGCUGCUGGAGACUAACUACAGAGAGAGGUUACACAUGGUGACCAGUGAGGUAAAGAGGCGCUUGGACUACCAGAUCGGCCUGCAGGACCUCCACCGCCGGAUGGAGCAGGAGCACAUGGUCAACUGGGUGGAGAAGAAUGUCGUCGGCAGCAUCACUCCUCAGCAGGAGAAAGAGAGCAUCGCCAAGUGCAUCACAGACUUGAAGGCUCUGGCCAAGGCCACUCAGACUCGAGCUACAGCCUAAACUGUCAAGUCUUCAGAGAAGGCGGCUCUAAUUCCCAACUCAUCAACCCAAGACGAGAUGCUCACUUUUCUUUACAGAAUAAACUAUUUCCUCCUUAAAGAUGGUCUCUGUCAAUAUUAUGGGUGUGUACAGUAUUUACACGUCAGCUUAUGGUAAAAUAAAUGGUUCUCUUAUUCAACUUCA